AUGCUGAGCUCAGUGUGCGUCUCCUCUUUCCGCGGGCGCAAGUCUGGGAACAAGCCGCCGUCCAAGUCAUGUUUGAAAGGGGAGAUGGGCCGGAACGAAGACAACGACAAGAUAGUCAUCAACGUGGGCGGCAUCCGGCAUGAGACGUACCGCAGCACCCUCAAGACCCUGCCGGGCACGCGGCUGUCGUGGCUCACCGAGCCCGACGCCUGCAGCAACUUCGACUACGACCCCAAGGCCGACGAGUUCUUCUUCGACCGGCACCCGCAGGUCUUCGCCUACGUGCUCAACUACUACCGCACGGGGAAGCUGCACUGCCCGGCCGACGUGUGCGGGCCCCUCUUCGAGGAGGAGCUGGCCUUCUGGGGCAUCGACGAGACCGACGUGGAAGCCUGCUGCUGGAUGAACUACCGGCAGCACCGCGACGCCGAGGAGGCCCUCGACAGCUUCGAGACGCCCGAGAGCCAGGACGAUGAGGAGAGCGGAGACCUCAAGCGCCACUGCCUGCAGGAGGACGGGCGCAAGCUGGGCCGGUGGGCCGCCAUGCAGCCCAAGGUGUGGGCGCUCUUCGAGGACCCCUACUCCUCCAGGAUGGCCAGGGUGAGUAGCGCGGGGCUGGGGGCUUGGGGCACCCACCCGCUCACCUAGAUGCUUCCUCGGGCUCACCUGAUGUGGGCAGCAUGGAGGAGCAGGAUAGAGAUACCUAUGGCUGCUGCUGCUGCUGCUAUUGCUGUUAGCAUCGUGACUACUAGCAUUGAGGCUCUUGUCCCCACUAGUGGCACAGGGGAAGGCAAGCAGGGGAGCGGGGAGGCAGGGUCCCUGCCCCCAGGAACUUACAGAUCUAAAUGUUGACAAGAGGAGUCAGGGGAGAGUAGCAGAAUAGGGGCAAGCAUGGUUAAGGCUGGCAGAAGUUAAUCCCACUCUGUUCAUUGGGGUUUAUUGCCAAGGAAGUGCAGAAAGGUUUGAGGGCAGCCUUGGUUUGUGUAGGGGAGAGGAGAGGCGAGCAUCCUAGCUUUUCUCUCCCUCCCUUACACUGAGUCAGGUCCCAGGUGCAUUUAGCCCAGAAUGACUACUCCGACAGGGGAUGGCUUUGCAAGGUCUCAGGCAGGGUUUUCCUCAGUCCUGCUACUUUUCACUUGGAGAGGGAAAAAUUAAAGCUGGGACCGUCUGAGUCCAAAGCAUGAGCUCUGCCUCCCUGAACUGAGUUCGUUCUCCCAGUCUCUGGUUAUGGCUGGAGGUGGGACAGAGUAAGCAGGAGAAAUUUCUCUUUAAAUGUUCUUUUGCUUGUUUCGCAAUUGUCCCUUGGCUCUGUUCAACAGCAGGCCUUCUAGCCUUCUUCUUUGCUGUAAACCCUGACAACUUCCCAAAGAAACCUUCCCCCCCCCCCGAUAUUGUACUUUUAAGAGAAAGGGGUGCAAGGGGCAGGUGGAAAAGGUGAGAUGUAAAUAGUCAAGAGUGGAGGUGCAGGCUAAUGUUGGAGGUGCAGUUGAGAUGUGCAAGACUUGUCCCGAGCGAAAUGGGCAAUGGCACAAUGCGCAGACUAACGCAGAGGGACUGGUGUGCAAGGGUCCAUGUGCAAUGCUUGGUAAGCAUGGAUGGAUGUGGAAAUGUGGCGGGGGGGGGGAGAGAGAAGGAUGUGUGAGUGGCACUAGGUGCUGGAGGUGAAGGCAGAUUAUGCAGUAGAAAAGAUGAGGUUGCCAGUCUGAGUGUGCAAACAGAACAGACUGAGAAAUGGAGAUGUUCUGCAGGCAGGGAUGUUUUUCAGGAGCUGAUGGCACCAGUCACAUCUUAGGCACACACAAGCGAUGUGCACCGUGCACUGAAGUGCCCUGUAGAGAGAACAUAUAAUAAGUCAGAUGCUGCAAACAGACAUCUAGAAGAAGGAAUGGUUGGCUGGGAGAAUACAGAAUGUGGAACGGAGAAUGGUGCAGGUUUCAGAGGUGUGCAAGGGCACUGGAAGAGGUGCACUCAGCCAUGUUGAGGCAUGAAAAAUGUUGCAGAAAAUAGGAGAGGUUAAUGUGCAGGCUAAGAGGGGGUGACUGAAUGAGCCUGAAUGAUAGAGAGGGGCAGUGAUUCCGGUUCAGGGAAAGCGUACAAGAGACCCAAGUGUGAGAAAUGGAACUCUAAGGAGAAAGGAGCAUGAGGAAAGGAAGGGGGAUCAUGCAAGGAAUGCUGCUGGUGGCAGUGAAAACGGGGUGCAAGAAAAAAAAGUUGAGCUCAAGAGUUGAGCACCACGGGACACGAGCGUGCGAAUGAGUGUAGUAGUGUGUAGCAGCAGGAGGAUCCAGACACGCAUGCGCUGGGCUUAUGACUUGCUUAUCGGUGUCAGGGUGAAUGCCUUGAUCUCCAGCAGGAGGUGCUGCUAAAACAGCUCCAAGUCCUUUCUUCACUGUCCCCCAAAAUAAGGUCCCCUGUCCUCCUCCUCUCUGGUCUCCCCCAUCCCCUCCACACACAGUUUAUCUCAGGUCUCACUUGCGCCCUUCCUGAAUUUUGGAAUCCUCUGGUCUCACUGCAGUUUUGCGUAGUCCCCCCGCCCCCACUGCAUGCCCCACUGCCAAAUCUAGGGAUCUUACAUUUUCUCUCCAUUCAGCCCAAAUCGACAUCAUCUAUCCAGGGAGAAACUCCAGAUCUCCUCCCCCAAUCUUCAGCAAUGCAGUUCUGAAUUGGCUCCCCCCCCCCCUUCCCAGUGUGCUUGAAUAAUGCUGCUCAAAACUGCCCCCUUCCCAGACACUGCAGUUUAGAAUCCCCCAUCCUGCACUGCACCCCCAAAUAUCGCUCCCCUUACUGCAUCCCCCCCGUUCUUUUUCCCUUUUCUUUUUUUAGCCUAUGCAGCUAAAGCCUUUCCUGUAUAACUUCUUUUUGCAGAGCAGCUGAAGGGGGGGGGGUAAUGAAAGACUGCUGCUUGUUCUCUCUCUCCUUUACCUCUAGGACAAUAUUAGUGCUUUGCUAUCUCUAGAACUGCAGAGCCAGCGGGUUGAGAGGGGGGGGAGGGGGCACCGCAGUGCAGUGUGGAAGCCCCAGAGUUUGCAGUGCAAAGCCGGCAUUCUGCAAUCCAUUUCCCCUCCCCUCGCCCCAGGCAGCUGUUCUCAAGGGUGCAAGGCCUGUCCGGUCCCUUUAUUCAGCCCCCCCUUCCUCCCCCAUGCAGUUGGGAAUGCAGCCAGAAAAAGUUACAGCAGGGAGGAAGAGAGGGCAGGAGUGUUGGGGAGCCGGGAAAGGAGGGGGUUUGCUGGCAGUGGGAGCCAAGAAACCAACGGGACUAUGAGGCAAUGCUGCAUUCAGGUGGACAUCACGUCAGGGAUUCCAUAAACAGAGGAGCUGGUUGAGAACCGAAGCCAGCAUCUCCCCACUACCAGCCGAUAUAACGGUGGCUCCCCACUUAAUGCAUUUACAGAAAUGGCAUAUGUGUGCUAUAACUACAGUAGCGCCCCCCCCCCCCGCAACCUUCUCUCUUUGGGCAUUUGUGCAUGAAUAAGAGAAAGACGCAAAUCAGUACUGAAGUUUGCAAAGUUGGGGGGGGGGGAGUUGAGGUUCGUGCCCCAAGCACAGUGUUUGAAUUACCUGCUUAUGAAAAAGGAUGCGAAGAGAUUGGCCCCCAUCCACCACUAUCCUCGCCAUUCAGGCAGGCAGAAGGAAAGAAUAUGGACUGGGGAAGAGGAAAUAGAAAACCAUAUUGGUGGACAGCAUAGUGAAUAGAUUGAUGGGUCAAAAUGCACUUCUGAAUAAUGCUUCUCCAAUACGCAAAGACACAUUUCCUUCGUUUUCGUUCACUCUGCACACACCAGCAUGCAUAUUUUAUAGUGAUGCAUAGGCAGGCUGGGGCUACAAAAUCUGUACCAGAGCAUAUUUGUUAGCUGCAUCUAAGUCCCUACAUAUCAGAGAGGGGUAAAGUAUGUGCGUUGAGAGAACAAAUAGACAAUGAUUGAAUAAAGACAGACAUGGAGAUCCUCUUCUUCCUCUCCUUCCCAGAUCUUUUCACACCACAAUCGUUCUUUUUAAGUUUGGCUUUUCUCUAUCAGUUUGCACCUUCUUUUAAACUGGACUGCGUCCCAGCGUUGAUCCUGGAAGCACUUCAAGUCCCUUCAUGGUAUAUAGACAAGGAAAAAGUUCCAAAGGGGCAGCUGCAUUAAUGUGGUGCACCAAAUAUAAACCAAGAGGCAACCUUAAAAGUUUUGUCACAGGCUCAACGGCAGUUCCUUGAGUAAUUAUGUAUAAUCAUGUAUAUAUUCUCAUUUGUGUGGGUAGAGAAACACAUUAUAUAACAUAAUUUGAUUAAACCCAAUGUAAUUCCGAGCGUGUUUGCUUGGAAGUUCAGUGGGACUUUGCAGCUAGCAAAUGUGCUCAGGGUUGCAGUCUCAAAUUGUCAUUUGUAGUGUACAAAUGGCGUUUACUCAUAAAUUAAAGACAAAGUGCAGGUAUGUGUACAUAUGCCUGUAUGCAAAUGGAAAGCAUAAAUAUAUGUGCUCACGACUGAUAUUUCCCUUUACAUUUCUCCCAACACUACUAUUUUGUACUUUAACCACGUUUGAAGUAUGGCAUGAGAGUUUAUUUCUUCAUUAGCUGUGUGGACAGCAAACUCAUACGUAUACUCACAGCUACAUAACAAUUAGGGGGAAUAUCACAGGCAAAGCAGCUUCAUCUUUGUAAUAAGGUUCCUGUAUAUUAUAUUAUAUUUUAUAUUAUAUUAUAUUAUAAUAUGAUAUAUUUUUAGGUAUACAUGCACGAGGGAACAAAGUAUGGCCACGUAACUCAGACAAGCCUGUUUUCAGUACACAAAGGGUUAUAUGGAAUAAAUGGGGAAUGUGUUCUUUCAGGGAGCAUGUUUAAAAUGAUGAAAAUCAGAUAAGUAUCAUUUACCACUGCAUGCAUUUUUAACGCCCAGAUCCUUGUUCAGGGCAAAUCUGCACUUUUUAAUCAAAUUGGGAACUAGGAACCCAGACUUCAGCAUCAUAUAAAAUGGAUGAUUUUUUUCUUUUCCUGCCAGCCUUGCAAGGGAAGUUCUGAGUUAAAACCCAAUAUACCCUUCUCUGUAAUCAGCUAUAAAGUUGAACCUUGGACCAAAAAAGGUUGAUGCAUCCAAAGUAUUUGUGUCUGUCCAGCAGACUGAGAGCCAGUACCAGCUUCUGCGCUAAGGGAAUUUAUUUUUAACCAAGUUCACCUCUGCCUCUCCAUCCCAUCCUCACCUGUGAUGUGCAAACAUUGCUUUUAUUCUUGAGGCUGAAAGAGAAGGCAAAGUCUUUUUGUCCUAUAGGAGGCACUAGAGAGACAGUGCCAACACUGCAACAGAGCCGAGUCUUUCUUUUAUCCUUUUAGCAAACUCUGCACAAAUUUCCGUGUCCCUUUGCUGGAGAUCCUUGCUGUGCCCCCUUCCCUUUCAUAUUAAUUCUCUGGCUUUCGUCUUCCCUGCAUGAUUAGCAAGCCAGUGCAGAAAUUCUGGUUCAGCUUCUUAGGGAAUUCAAAGGAGAGUAGAUAUGUGGGGGAAGGGAGGGGGGAGAGAGGAUUUUUUUUUUAAAAAAAAGGCUUUUAAUGACUCUUGUGAAUAAUGACUGCAGAAAGGGAACAGAUUCCAGAUGCUGGCAAGAGCCAGCUACAAAGGGUGGCUUCUCUUAUUUAUUACAAUGUGGGGCUCAAGCAUCUCAAUUUUCUAGUCUCCCCUUGUGCUAGUUUAAACACCUCCUCACUCAGAGAGUUCUGGCAUUCAGCAGCCCAAUUCAAAUUUGCCAGCCUCCAUUCUUGUCCCAAAGGCUACAGAAGUUCUGGUCCUGAACACCAUUUUAACCCACCAGCCCAUCUCCUUCUCCAAUGAAUCUAGGAGACCUAGUUGCCAGCUCUCACUGUUUUAACCUCCUAGACUCAACACUCCUCUAAUUCAACUACCCCUAUCCCAGUAUAUCCACUCCCCUGAUUUAAAAAACCAGCAGUUCUAGAGCAGUUCUCAUAUUUCCCCCUGCAAAUCCAACUUCUUUCAUGGCAAUUGGGGAAUUGUCAUUGCCAUUGUCCCUCCUCAUUUCACGCUCCUGGAGCCUUAUCUGCUACCUACUUGGUGACCCAGUAAAUCUCCCCUUGUAUUCCCUAGAGUCACUCUUUGUCCCCCAAAUCAAGAGUCCUGCCAUGUAAUUCUGCCUCUGCUCUUAAACCACUAAACUCAGUGGGUCAAAAUUUCAGAUAUCCAGUUAACUGAAUACGGAUUCAUAGUGCAGGUUAGAGCGGUAGGUACUCUUAAAGCCUUCUGUCCACUCAAUUUCCUUCCAAGACCAAGAUGAUCCUGGCUUUGCACGUACAUACAUACGCACGCACACAUCCCAACUCAGUAAUUCCAGUCUUUCCACAGAAGCUCUUGCAUAUUCUUUCAAACAUGCAUUCUCACACUCUAUCACUUUUGAUCCUGUGUGACCUCAGUGGUGCCAUCUGUGCCCCACUCAGAAUGAAAGGAAGCCCUCUUCCUGCCCCGCCAAUGCAGCAGGACUGGCUUACUGCAUUUCAAAGUAAGUGAAGAUAUAUACAUUGCCAUCUAAACAGGGACCCCAUGUGGGACCGCACUGUCCACAAUCUUAACUUACUUCACUGCACCGCCGUGUGGCUUUGCUCAAUAACUCAGCAAUUCGAGCAUCCCAUUCCUUCCCUACUUUCUGUCAAUCUGUAGACUCACCCCCUGUUUUCAGUUCACAGAGCCCAAACAUCUUUACUGUCCGUUUGGUCCUCUCUCCUCACUAUCUGACCCCUCUACAUACCCUUCACAGAAACCCCUGGAAUUUCAGAAACCCCUCUUGCCAAAUCACACUUUACUCCUUUUCAUCAACUUUUCCUCUGAAAAUCAUGGGUGCCUGGGGGUCCCUGAGCAAUCCUUUACCCACAGCUCUCCACAGGAAGCAAAUCCCACCCCCACUCCCCCUCCAGUAUUGUGGAAAGAUGCCCACUUUUACCCCAGGCGCUGAAGGACUAUUGCGGUUUAAUCCAUUCCCUCCCCUUCAUUCCUUGCCGCUCUCCAUGGUACUGAACUGCAGUGUUACAUCCAGUAAUAGCGGUAGCAAAGGGAGAGAAUUCACACACACACACACAGAGAGAGAGAGAGAGAGAGAGAGAGAGAGAGAGAGAGAGAGAGAGAGAGAGCUUUCUCCCUGCCUGUAAGAAUUGUUGAUAGAGGUUAUUCUAUGAUGCUAUGUAUAGAGAGAGGAAGAAAAUGAUAGAACUGGAGAGAAAAUUAAUGAAUUAGUACACUGUGUCAGGUGGGGGGCGGAGUUGACAUACAUAAUGUCCAGUUCAGCCAUUAAUACUCUGAAGAAAGGGCCAAAGAACUGCAGCCUCGGGUGCCCCCCCUUUUUUUUUUUAAAAAAAAGGCUGGCAUUGAGGUGUGUGCAUUUGAGAGCAAGGUCGUUUGAGCAUCUUUACUUUGUUGCAUAAUAGUUUAAUGUGACACAGAUUUCACAUGAGGGGGUGAGGGAGCUGAAAGAUGGGGUGAGAAAGGAUGGCAGCCAAGGCCAUGUAUAUAUCGGGAAGUCUGCCUUGCUUUCUGAGCUCCUGGGCCCCUUAUUGUGCCCAGGCAGAAGGAUGUAUGUGUGGUAGACUUUGGAAAGAGCAGCAAGACCAUAAUAUGGGAAUAGUGAGGAGACUGGAGAAGGGAGAGGCUGUCUUAGCCUUCUCCACAAAAAUGCUGACUUCUGUUCAAUAAAUACUCCAGGACCCCAGACCUGAAACCGGUCUGCUAAAUUCCCUCGUCCUCCGCUGCCUCUCCAGUGGCCUUUACGCCCCUCCCCAUUUUUCUCCCCUUCCAGAAGGGAGCUAAAUCACAGCUUGUUUUCUACCUCUGGCCUGAAAUCAACCUUAAGUCUUUCCCCUCUCAACACUCCUUCCUCAGUUUUUUCUCCAUCCUUCAGCCUCUGACCCCUGCCCAUAAACCCAUGCCUUCCCCCCUCUCCUUUUUGCUGAUAAUGUAUCUGCUAACCUUCACCUCACAGAUUUUUCUCAGCACCUUUUUCUUUACCUCACAGUUCUUUCUUGACCUCCAUUCCCCAGUUUUCUUCUUAUCAUGCUCCCUGCAUUAAGCCGAACUUUGUUCCAAAACACCUUCUCCAAACCAUUCCGCUCACUGUGUUCUCACUGCCAGCCCGCUCUGCUGCUCCCCACUUGUGAGACACUUGCAGCAGUCAUCACCUUACUCUAGAGCUUCCUCGAUGAGGGGGGAAAGAAUGAAAUGCAUAACUCCGAUGAAGCGGACUCUCUAGUCCAGAAAACCUUACGCCAUGGAAAAAAAGAAGUGUUGAUUUUUCAGGGGCCACACGAUGCAGCAACAGACUGACAUGGCCAGCCCCGUGAAACAUGAAAACAAGAAGCACUCCAAAAUAAUUUCAAAAUCCACAUUAGGGCAAUACCUUUAUUAGGUCAACCAAAAUAUUACAAACCGCAUGCAAGCUUUCUCCAGAACCUUUCCUUUUCAUGUGUCUCCAAAGUAAGUGAUCUGAUGAGGGUUGCAGCAUAAGGCCCCUUCUGCACCCUUCAUAUGCAUGCCGUUGUUUGAAGUUCAACUUAUCUCUAAAACUACCCAUAUCUGCUAUAUCGGCUUAUUGUGCCUACCUCCACUUUCAAAUAUCUUUGCUGGAAACAGAUCUGACACCAGUUAUCCUCAGGACGUCAUUGCAGCCUGAAUCACAGUCCUCUGCAAUGACCUAACUUGUUACAAUGCCCCUUUAUAUAACUUCCAUCCAUACAAUAUUAAGUUAAUACUAUUAACCAUUCCGUGUGUGUGUGUGUGUGUGUGUGUGUGCGCGCGUGUGUGUGUGUGUGUGUGUGUGCAAGAGGCAGGGAGGGGUUACUUGCUCUUCUUUGACAUCUUUCAUCAUACCGUACUUGCCCAUCUCAAGGGUCUAAAAUAAGCUUCCUGCCACUUCCCUCCACAAAUCUCACUCUGUGCCCCCGAGUACCCAGGAGUCUUGUGCUUCCAAAGCCCACCCUGUUCUAAACCUCAACCAAUACUUCUAUUGCUAUUCCCAGAGGUCCCAGACAUCCCGUCUGCUCCAGACCAUGACAGACUCUCCUCCUCCGGGAACCCAGCUGUUCUAGAUCCACGGCAGCCCUUGCUUUAUACCAGGAGUAGCUACCGUGGUGUGCUCCACCUGAUUUGGACCACAGCUCCCAACAGCCUCAGCCAGCAUGGCCAAUGGUCAGGGAUGAUGCAUGUUGUAGUAAAAAAAAACCCACACAUUUGGAGUGCAUCACAUUGGUUACCCUGCUUUAACUCAAUAAACCCCAUGCUUCUCCCCGAAUAGCUAGCAUUCUCCUUGAAUAAGUAGCUCUUCCCUUCCCUGCCCACCUCUGGCAAUCCUUUCCCCUUCUGAAUGCAGAAGUCCUGCACCAAAGGACAGCUCUCUUGCAAGUUCCACAUUCAUGGGUAACUUUGGCUUUGCAAGGAGUAGAAAGACCAGUGAGAGCUGACUUUCUCUUCUGCUGCUCAGAAGAAGAGGUGGGUUGCUGAUGUGGUGCAGUUAAGUAACUUUGGACUUAGGGGGAGAGUCCUCUUAAGGUGGCAAUGUGUAUGACUUCACCUACUUCCAAAUUUAGUCAGCCGGCUGUGCUGUGUCUGAGUCCCUGCUACUCAUUCUGCUGAGUGGGCCCCUGGACUUCUGCCCCAAAGUCCAGCCACUGAAGGUGCCUUGCAUAAUGUCCAGGGAACACCUCGUAACAUUUGCUGGAUUUGUGAUAAUAAUUUGCCCCCAUCAGAUGUCCAGUUUGUAGAGCAGAAGCUUUGAACAGCCAAGGGGGAGAGCCAAAGUCAUCUCAGGGUAACGGUGGCGGCCAAACCAUGACUCUUCCAGGGACCAGAAUAACAUGUCCUCCGUUUUCUUUUUCUUGACUUUGUGCCCACCACCAAGCACACACACACACACACACUUUUCCUUUACUUCUCACCCCUACUGGAUUCCCCAUCUGCUACUUCAAUAUGCUCCCUCAUUCAUUUCAGGCAAAAGGGGCUAUUUCUGUGCUGACGGAAGGACAGCUGGAUCCCAACCCAAAGGGGUGGGGGCAGGAUUGGGUUUGACAGGGUGGUGGAUAGACAAAACCUCUAUCUUUUCAAACAGGGUCCUAACAGGUUGGAUGGAGAACUGGAGACUUAGGAUUUGGGGGCUAUUUGGAAGAAGAGAAGCUCAGAAGGUGGUAGUAAGGUCUUCUCUUCCUGGCGUUUCCAUUAAUUCUCUGUGUCUGACCUUGCAUCAGUCCGUCCCGCACCAGAAAAAUAAAUUUAAAAAUGGUCCAGAAUCAGAUAUAUGAAUAAUAUUUCUUCUCUCUCCCAUGUAUUCUGCCCUGAACUCCAUUUGCUGACACACACCAUCUUUCCCAGGAGGUAUAAUUCAUUAUUUCUACCAAAAUGAAUUGGGACUCCCAGAGCUGCUAAAAGGGGGACCCAUAUAGCUGUCUUCCUCAUUAGUUUGUGUGUGUGUGUGUUUUGGAGAUAAUGGCUGUAAAAUGGUGCAUGUGUGGGGAGGAGGAGGGUGUACAGAGAAGAAGGCAUCACCAACCCAAUAUAUCCAGCAGCUGGGAAUAUUAUAUGAGAGAACAACUCAAGACUCUGGAAGUGAGUCACCAAUGCUAGAUGGUCCCCAGGAACAUUGCUUUCCUUUGGGAUCUCAAAAGGCCUCCCUCCCUUCCCUCCCCACCUUGGAGAAAAAUGAUAGACCUAAAACACACACACAAAAAUCAAGAUCAGAGCAUCAGUUCCAUCUAUCCUCUAUACUUUCUGUUUAUUCAUCUAUCCAAUCACUGCUUUCUCUUUCUCUUCUCCUCCCUCCUCCCAUGCCUUGUCCUAUGCUUCCUGGAUCCCUUGGCUUGCCCAUUCUUCUCCUCCUCCUUUCUCUCUCUCUCUCUCUCUCUCUCCCCCCCCCCCCCCACUUCCUGGGCACCGCACUGCGCUUCAAAAGAGAUUCUAGGGUUUGUGUGCAGAAACUGCUGACGGGACGGGAAUUCUGUGCAGUGCAGAGAUCCAGCGAGUGGAAGAGAAAGCAGAGAGAUUGCUUUGCAGAAGGAGAUGGGGAUAUGGUGUGUGUGUGUGCAUGCACACACACUCACACACAUCCAUAGUUAAAUGUGUUAGUGUGGAGUGUGUGUACACAUAUGUGUGAGCAAGAAAGUGUUCCUGCAUUGCACAAGGCUAUAUGAUCUCUGUGUUGGGACAUGCAUGCUAAGUGUGUGCAUAAAGAUACAUGGGGCUAUCUGUAUCUGUGUACAGCAUGCCCAACUGCAUGUACAUGCAUGGAAGUAUGUGGGUAUGUAUGGGUGCAAGAAGUGUUGCCUGGGAAAGUCAUGUUCCAUGCAAGUGUAGAAGCAUGUUUGGAUGUGCUCAAAUUGAACAGUCAUUUGCUAUGUGCAUAAUAACAAAAGAUCGUGUGUGUGUGUGUGUGUGUGUGUGCGCACGCGCAGAUCAGGGCUACCUCUAUAAAGAUCUACAUAUUUAUGAAAAGUAUAUAUAACAUGAUCUAUAGAAUAUAUGCCUACGUAAAUCUGCACACAAUGUAUACUGAAUGACUUGUGUGCCUAUUUGUGCGUAUUUAUGUUUGAAUGUGCACACAUGCUGAGUUUUGGUUGCAGAUUAGUCUGCAACUAAACCAGCUUAAAUCUAAUUGAAAUCAGUAGAUACGGCAUAAGCUCAUUAAGCAAUGAGCUUGUUUAGGUGGACUUGCAUGGUGGUAUGUGUACAACCGCAGAUGCAUAUGCAUCCCUGAUUGUGUGUUCAGGAAGGGAUAGGAGUGCAGUGAAAGGAAUGCAUGAGGGUGUGUUACUUUGUGUGCAAACGCACAUUAGGGUCUGUGUAUCUACAGGCCUGCAAAAGAGCACAGCACUGAGUGUGCUCAGUUGGACUGCCUGCGGUUGGGAGAAAAUGGAUGGAAGUUGUGUGUGUGUACAUAUGUGCAAGGCAUGUAUAUGUGUGCAGGGUGAACACGCAAAGGAAUGCCAGGUACAAAAGGGCAGGUAGCUUCUUGUAUACACGUGAGGAACAGCUCUUUGCUGUGUGCAUUGACACAAGGUCUAUGGGAGAGCAUGUGUAGGUCAGUGUAGGUGCACAGAUGUUGCCCAGUUGUGGAGGAAUGGCUGAGCAAAUGGAGGGGCAGACAUGCAUGCCCUUAUGUAAGGAAUCUCUCUGAGGACAGCAGUUGGGUUGUGCUUCCAGUGACAAAGCAUUUUGUGGUAAUGUGGCAACUGUGUGUGUGUGUGUACCCAAUGGGAAAUGUGAAUGAAUUACAGAAUUUUCUGUGGUAAGUCUAUGUGCAGGAAAGCACAUGACUGCUUGCAUCAUUGCUUCCCUUCAUGGGUUUUAGCAAGGCACCGGAGUGGGGGAACGGUGUAACAGAAGGUGUCUGGGUGCUGAGCAUCCGGCACAAUCCUGAAGCCUCAGCAGAAACCUCCUAGCGCUCUUUAUUCAUUAAUCAGAAUGCAGAUGUUAAGACUGUUUAAAAGCUCCCUGGUGGGAAUAUUGCAUGAAAUAAGUAAAAAAACCCAAAAAAACGAACAAACGGGAGGAGGAAGAAGGGGAAAGGGUUUCCCCUCCCCUUCUCGCAUCAAAGUUUUGCUGUGAAAAUUGGAAAGAGAAUGGCAAUCAAGCCCCCUACUCAGUCCCAAAGUUUCGGAGACACUUACAGACAGGGUUAUUUUUUUCUUUUCUUUUUCUCAUCUAUAAUUUUUCAUCUGUAAAAAAAUAAUAAUGAUGAUCUGCCCUAAUAGGGCUGUGAGAGGCUCAAGGGUAACACCAGGGAAGCGGAACGUGGUGCCCUCCACAUUUCGUUAAUUCCCAUCUUCCAUCAGUUCCAGCCAGAAUAGACGGGGAUCAGGAAUGGUGGGAGUCGGAGUCCGAAAAGCAUGUGGGAAGGCCACACAUUUCCCAUCCCUGCCUUAUCUUCAGCAAAGGCAACUCAAAUCUUACCCUGAGGAAAAACAGUUUUUGCAGCCUACGUACUUCAUGCAAAUCAGGGAAUAACUGCAGUCAUAAGGUCCACAGAGUUGCUUUCUUAAAAUUGAGGAUGAGAAUCUUAGGGUAUUGAAUGACCACUAUGCCGGUUUUCAAAUCCUGUGCUUCUAAGGUACAACUGCAGUCAUAUGGAAUAUUUAUUUGAUUGCAAUAAUAUGUUAUUUUUUUCCUCCAAGGAGCACAGGGAAGCAUGCAUGCACCUCACCACCACAAACUAUGUAUUCUCGCAGGGAACCUAUGAAAUAGAUUAGGCUGAGAGGUAACAAUGGACCCAAAGUCACCCAGUGGGUUUCUUGGCUGAGGAGGGAUUUGAAUCCAGGUCCCCCUUUAUUUCAAGUCCAAACUUUGGCCUUAUGCCACAUUGAGAAUGUAUAUGUGCCACACUGUGAUGUAUCCUUGCAUACAGACCCAAUUAAGAGUUACGGUAAUAGCAGUAGCAAUUUUAUAUAUAAAAUCUCAUUGGCCGAGAGAGCCAGUGUGGAACAGUGGAUUGCGUGAUUAGGGAGACCUGGGUUCAAAUUCCUGCUCAACCAUGAAUUUCAGUAGGCCAUCUUGCUACCUAAUCUACCAUACAGGGUUGUUGUGGAUAAAGCAUGAAGGAAGAGAAAGAGAUGUGUCGCCCUAAGCCCUUUGGAAGAAGAACAGGAUAAAAAUGUAAUAAGCAGCUGCUCCUGAAGAACAGUAAUAGAUGCGGGUGGUGCUGUGGGUAAAACCUCAGUGCCUAGGACUUGCUGAUCGUAAGGUCGGCGGUUCGAAUCCCCGCGGCGGGGUGAGCUCCCGUCGUUCGGUCCCAGCUCCUGCCCACCUAGCAGUUCGAAAGCACCCCUAAGUGCAAGUAGAUAAAUAGGUACCGCUUUAUAGCGGGAAGGUAAACGGCGGGUGCUGGCUCACCAGUGCAGCUUUGUCACGCUGGCCACGUGACCCGGAAGUGUUCUCGGAUGGCGCCGGCUUCCGGCCUCUUGAGUGAGAUGAGCGCACAACCCUAGAGUCGGUCACGACUGGCCCGUACGGGCAGGGGUACCUUUACCUUUAAGACAGCGUCAGCUCUCAAGAUGUUUCUGGACUUCAGCUCCCGUCAUCCCUGAUUAUUGGCCAAUGGUGGCUGAAGCUGAUGGUCGCCAGAAGUCACAGCAAAACCUGUAGUGCCAGGUUUCCCCACUCCUGAUUUAAAAGGUGGUUAGACAAAUUCAUGGAGGAUAAGGCUAGCAAUGCCUACUAGUAAUGAUAGGCCAGUGGAACUUCCAUUGAGUAUGCCACUGAACAUCAGGUGCUGGGGAGCUCAUGGUGUUGUGUUCAUAAAGGACAGCCCAUACUUCAGUGGUGGAGCUAUGGCAAAAGUCCCAGGUUCAGUCAAAUUGACAAAUGUCUCAGCUGGCAGGUGCUGGGAAAGAGUUUCUGCCUGAGACCUUGGAGGGCCACGGACAGUAAGGGCAGUCAGUAAUGGACUAAAGAUCAAUAGCCCUGACGGACCUGGUGUAAGUUACCUUUAUAGGCUGCAGAAAUGUAAGUCGAUAAUUGUUUAUCAUUUAUGAUUUGUCACUUUCCCUACUCUAACUGUCUUAAGCCUAUUCUACUCAUACAGUACAAUGAGGUGCUAGAAAGGACUGCAAGGGGUGUGGGGGAUGGAAUACUAUUUUUAAAUGCUCCAGUUUCGGGCCCCCCCCUUUAAAAAAACCAAAACCUUCUUGCAAGCAGGCAACUAGAUCAUCAGAAGCUGGACUACUUUUCUGCUUGCAAGGAUUAAAACAAACAAACAAGGGGAACAUCUAAAAAUGUGACCGUAAUCUCUCACACUAGUGAAAUCCAGUCCAGCCUACAACCCCCAAGUCUUAGCUUUGCCUGCAUGCCUUUCCACUUGUUGGCAUAGAGAAUAAGAAAAGAAAAGGGGAUAUCUGCCUUCUGCCAGGAGCAUACUCUGUUUUCGUUUGCCAUGUGGGUGGGUAGGGAUGGAUGCUUAAGCACAAAUGGGUUCCUUUGGUAGGGGUUGCUGUUCCUUCUCUGUCUAGUCUUUUCCAAGAAUGCAUGAGCACUAAUGGCUUUCUUCCCCAUCCUCCCCUGUUACACUCCCUCUUUCCCCAUGCCCUGCCUCUCUCUCCAGUAUGUGGCCUUUGCCUCGCUCUUCUUCAUCCUCAUCUCCAUCACCACCUUCUGCCUGGAGACCCACGAGGCUUUCAACCACAUCACAAACAAGACAGAGGUCAUACAGUCAGAGAAUGGCACCACCGUAAAGGUGGACUUUGAGAUGGAGACAGAGCCAUUCCUCACCUACGUGGAAGGGAUGUGUGUCAUCUGGUUUACCUUUGAGUUCCUCAUGCGUGUCAUCUUUUGCCCAGACAAGCUGGAGUUCAUCAAGAGCACCCUCAACAUCAUCGACUUUGUGGCCAUCCUGCCCUUCUACCUGGAAGUGGGCCUCAGUGGCCUCUCGUCCAAAGCGGCCAAGGACGUGCUGGGCUUCCUGAGGGUGGUAAGAUUUGUCCGGAUCCUAAGGAUCUUCAAGCUGACAAGGCAUUUCGUAGGGCUGAGAGUCCUAGGCCACACAUUGAGAGCCAGUACCAAUGAGUUCUUGCUCCUCAUCAUCUUCCUGGCCCUGGGGGUCUUGAUCUUUGCCACCAUGAUCUACUAUGCCGAAAGGAUCGGGGCUGACCCAGACGACAUCACAGGCAGCAAGCACACCACCUUCAAGAACAUCCCCAUUGGGUUCUGGUGGGCGGUGGUCACCAUGACGACUUUGGGCUACGGUGACAUGUACCCCGAGACCUGGUCAGGCAUGUUGGUGGGAGCACUGUGCGCCUUGGCUGGUGUGCUGACCAUUGCCAUGCCCGUGCCCGUCAUCGUCAACAACUUUGGCAUGUAUUAUUCGCUGGCCAUGGCCAAGCAGAAACUACCAAAGAAAAAGAACAAGCACAUCCCACGAGCCCCCCAGCCUGGGUCGCCCAACUACUGCAAACCGGACAUGCAGUCCCCACAUCGCAGCAACCAGGGCGACUCAUGCCCCCUUGCUCAAGAGGAGAUCAUCGAGAUCAACAGGGCAGGUAAGGUGGGGGUGGGAAACACCCUGAGGGCAGAAAUGGCUAAAAAUGCAAACUAUUUGCAUAAACAGUCUCCUAAUCUGGCAGCUUUGAAAUUUUCUUCCGUUUGGGUUCCUCUUUCCACACUGAGUUACAUACUGAGGAACUGCUGUUAGGAGGUUGCCCCAGAGCCUAUGCACACUGAAGAGGAUUCUUGGGCAUCUUAGAGAGUGCGCUCUCAUUGUUCCCCUCCAUGUGAAACUGAGAGUUACCCUUAGAAUGCAUCCUGUACACCUCUUUGCACUGCAGAGGAAGGUUGGUAGUAAUGGGCAAGCUGUCCUUCAGGAAAGUUUGUCCAUAGCUCAUUUGCUAAUUAUUAUUUUUUCAAAAAAAUAAGCUGUUCUGCUGUAAGCCACUUGUGUAAAAAAGGACAAACAAAUUCAAGUAAUAAAUAAAAUAAUAAUAAAAUGAAUAAAAUACUUCCAGGCCUCCCUUCCAGGUCUUGCUGAACCUCAAUUUGCUUGCUCUAUGCAUCCCACAGCUGUCUCCAUACGGUAGGUUAGGAUUCCAGCACCCUCCCUGAGAUCAGAAGAUCAAGGAUGGUGUGAGUCAUCUACUCCAACCCCCUGCAAUGCAGGAAUCUUUUGCCCAAUGUGGGGCUUGAACCUCAACCCUGAGUCUCAUGCUCUACUGAGUCAUGUUAGUAGAGUUUUGUCAGUGCCAUCAGUAAACUCUCUUUGAGGUUAAACCCUAAUGAAUCCCAGACAUGUAAGAAGAGCCCUGCUGGAUCAAACCAAAAUCCAUCUAGUACAGAAUCCUGUUUCCCAGAGUGGUCAGCCAGAUGGCUUCAGGAGGCUAUAACCAGGACAUACAGGCAAGAGACUUCCCCCAGUUUAACCUCCUCCACAACACAGUGUGUGGUAUCCAAUGGGAUACUGCAUCUGAACACAGCACUUUUAAAUUCUUCUGUCAUUGCCAAUAGGCCAUUGAUAGAAACAUCCUCCUCCAUGAAUUUGUCCUAUCGUCUUUUAAAGCCAUCAAAGCCAGAGGCCAUCAGCACAUCUUGUGGCAGCAUAUUUCAUAAAGUGAUCUUACAUUUUGUAAAUAAACAGUUUGCUUUCUCUGUCCCUGAAUCAACUGCUAAUCGAUUUCAGGUCUCGGUCUCUCUCUCUUACACACACACACACACACACACACCGCUCAAGUUCUAGUAAAAUGGGAGAAGGAGAAACGAAAUCUCUGUAGAUAAUUUCACCACAUUAUUCUGUGGAACAUAGUUUGAAAACUGCUAUUCUAAUCCAACCUGAACCUUGGAAUAAUUCUUCAACCAACUCAUCCCUGCUGCUUCUGACAGCAGCUAAUACAAUCAGUAGCAUGGGAAACAGCAAUUUUAAAUUCAAAUAAUAGUCUCCUAGAAACGUGGAGGAUAUUAUUGUGUAACAUUCUUUUCCUUGUCUGAUGCUUUGCUGCAUCGGGUGCUUCUCCCUCCAUGCCUUACAGUCUCUAUAGCACAGUUUCUGCCCUUGUGAGAGAUGUAAUAUAAGAGAAAGGCUAGAGGAAAGUGAAGCACGUUCCCUCUAAACAAGCUGGUUGACUGUUACCUGGUAUAGUUUCAGUGGAGUCAGUUUAUACAUUGCUCUGCCAGCCAUUCCAGUGUACAACAAUCAAGAGCAGACAGCUUGUGCCAUAUACACAUGUGUGUGAACCAGCACUGUGAUUCCAGUUUAUGAUGUGCACCGCUCAAGUGCCACACAUAUGCAGAAACCUAAACUCAGUGAGGAAUUCAGCAUCCAGGGACUCUGCUUUAUUUCUCUAAGCAGGUUUCCAGCCCUUAACAAUUACAGAGAGAUGCGAAAAAAACGCUUUGAAAUUUCAGAAGUCUUUCCAGCAUCCCAAAGAGGGGUCCUGUGCUCCCUUUCUUGCUCUUUGCCCUUCCCAAUAAGCAGAAGAGGAAGCAGAGUAAAUUUCAUUAAACAGAAUAGAUAAGGAAAGAUCUAUAGCUCGUACUUUGUUGAUGAUAUGAAAAAAGAGUACAGACUAAACACAGCUCUACUGUUACUUAUUCAUAAAUAAUAUUAAACCCACCUUAUCUAAUGAACCCAGUACUGCUGCUUAUGACUGAUACAGAUCUCACAGUUAAAAUAAUAAGCUACAGUAUUCCCCCCCCCUUUAUGACGAACCUUUAGGGUAGGAGUUUCCUUUUCCCAUUUUACACAUAGCUGAGCCUAAGCCAUAGCAGCUUGCCCAAGGCCACACAAAUCUGUGAGAAGGACAGAAUCACAGGGCUCCUAGAAUCAAAACCAGUUAUUGAUUCACUGGCUCAAAAUCCAGCUGCCAGUGUCUUAAAAUUGUAUCUCAUCCCCCCUCCCAUUGAUUGGCCAAAGUUCACUGGUGUGACUGUGGAUGAGCAGACUCCCUUGGCCAUUAGAUAUGGGGGGAAAGCCAGAAAUGUGAGUCAAUACAUUUUGUAGCUAAAAUAUUUUGCAAUCUGAACAAGCGGUCUUUCUAGUGGGUUGUAUCCCAUUGGUCAGAUCUGUCAGUCUUCCAAGCUGCCACUCUUAUAAUGGCACCAAAAUCGGCUGUCCUGAGACCGCCACCUCUCUUUACCUCAUAGUAUGCCUGUGUCAGAAAUGAGCCAAGAUUACACCACAUCACCUGAUAUAAAAAGCAGGAGGAGAGUUAGUAGGGCCAAGUUUUGACUGGAGAUGAGGAAGCUCCCACUGGAUUGAUAUAAUGGAUCUUGGACAGGAGAUAGGUUAUAUUAAGAGGCAGAGUUUUACUAAGGCAAAGGCUGUAAUGUUGGCAAAUGAAACUCUUUCUCCUAACUGUCUUCCUCUCUUUGCUUUGUAUACAGCCCUGCACUUUACCUUUUGAUAUAAGGGAGGUAGUAAGCUAACAAUAUUACAGAGGCAAGGAAUGCUCCACGGGUAUUUUUAGGAGACCUGGGCUCAAAUCUUUGCUUAGCGUCGAAGUCACCAAGGGGAUGGGGCCAAGUCAUUAAGUUUCUGUCUCAGUUCUUCUAACUGUCAAAUGAGAAUACCAAUUGAAAUGAGGAUUUUAAGUGCUAUGUUGCGAUUAUCUGGAUAGUGCGGUGGUUUUCAAACUCUCUUCACAGAAACAUGGGCAUUCCUCAGAAGCUUAUUGGUAAGAAGCUUUGAAAACUUGUCCACCGUUAGCAGUCCUCCUCUGCAGUGUGCGGCUGAAGGAGAGUUUGUGUGUGUUUUGACUGGUUCUCUAGGCAUUGAUGAGGUCAGGCAUUUUGCAGAGACCUCAGGGCUCAUUUCAUUUAUUUAUUUCAUUUACUGUAUAUCCCACCUUUUUCCAUUAUGAAACCCAAGGCAGCAUCCAUGGCGUGCCCAGGUGGAUUUCCCAGCAGACCUUGCUCUAUUGAGACCCUGAGCUGGUUUAAAUAAUCAUUUCCUCUCCUUAUUUGCUCUGUGAGGGCAAUAGGGGCCUCUUAACAACUCUUAGUACCCUUAACAAAUUAAAGCCCCCAGGAUUCUUUGGAGGAAACCAUGACUGUUUAAAAUGGUUACGAUACUUCUUUAAAUGUAUACUGCAGAUGAGGCCUCAGUUGACCCCCUCACUUAACAGCAUUUUGCUGUAUAACAAAAACCUUUUUGGUUUUUUAUAUUGGUAUUUAUUUAUUUAUUGCUUUCCAAUGCUUUUGUUUUAUCAGCUACACCUGUCUUAUUUUAUUAUCUCUGGUUGUAUAUAUUUGACUGUAUCCAGUGCUCAGAGUACACCCUCUGCAAUUAAUGACCAUUUCUUACUUAGGUCCAUCCAUUUCAAUAGGUCUGCUUUGAGUAUUGGAUACAACCUACUGUAUUUCCUAGAACAUUAAUAUUUUAUAGUGGAUUUCAAUUGUUGUUAGCCGUCCUAAGUAGUAUGUAAGUGCUAGAAGGGCAAGAUCUAAAUGUUCAAGGCAAAUCACAACCCUUGUAGCUUUCUGAAAAGCUAAGGGUGCCAUCCCAAAAGCAAAGGAGAGAAGCCCCCUCCUUCUGUAAUCUAAGCACCACAGGGCCUGAAUACUAGCAAAGGUACCACUUCGCUUUUCUUGGAGCACCCAAGACCAGAGACUACACAAUAACAUUCUCAAAUCACCUCUUCCAGAUUAAGGGGGACCAACUAAGGGUGCCUUGUGCAAACUCCCCCCAGAAUCCUGAAGCUGGAACUGCAUCCUAAAGUGCAUUCUCAGUUCAUCUGGAGCAAUGCCAAAUCCCUGCAAGGGUAACCAGCAUCCUUCACAAACCAUGCAUGCCCCCUAGAAUGCAUCCCAGAAUCCUUUGCAAUGCAGAGGGGUUUGGCAGCAGACCAACGGAUGCUGCUGCCAGGGUUCUCUGGGGUCAGCAAGUUUGAAAGCGAGUGGCCUUAAUCUCUCUUUCUUCAUCCAGUUUCCUCCCUUGGGUUUUUAGCUGCUGAUUCUUUGUUGUGGUGCAAAAGCUGCUUCUCCCUUUGCAUGAAAAGACCUGAUCUAGCUGUUUUUCAGGGUAAGGAUGUCUAGGGUAGCCCAUCUCUGGCUGUGGAUUAACUUUGUCCUUCCAAAAUGACUCAUAUGCCUACAUCGAAGGGCCUGUUUUGGCAACUUAAGCCACAUUUGAUCAAGAAUUAUUAUUUUUUUCUUCUACGGAGGGAUGGGGGUGGAGAGGAGGAGGAGGAGGCAAGCUUGGCAGCUAUGCUAGGAUUUAGAUGAUUUAGAAGUACUGGAACAUUUCAUUUUGAUUUACAUAUAAAAUUGAUCCACUAGCCGUUUAUCGGAAAAGGCACUGAGAAUCAGGACUGAAGGGCGUUUGCCAAUACAUACGUCGCCCUCCUAUUUCCUCUCCUCUUUGAGCAGAGUAGAGCAUCUGUGAAGAUUCCCUGGCAUUGCUUGCUCUUACAGAGUUAAGGAGGUGACUCUUGCCUGCAUUUCUGCAUGUGGAAAGAGCAUCCCAAAUACCCAAGAUACACUAGGGCUCAAGUAGCAGAUGGGUCCUCCUAUGAGCUGGCAAGGACAAUCAAGUUGUUGGCAGGGAAUCCCACAAGGGAGACAGUCAUGCACAUCCCCAGCAAAGGCUGAGAGCCAGGAUGACUGGGUUCCCUAGGAAUCAGUGGGUCCAUCUAUGAAGAUUUCUGGGCUCUUUCAGAGGGGGGGAUGAAGAAUGUAGGAGCAAGACCUCUUGAGAUCUUUUAGAAUGACUGAGACUAGGAAAGUGCUUGUGGCAGGAAAAGAUAGGGAAGGCUAAUACCUUUGAGCAGAGAAGGCUUGAAAAGGCAGGAUGCCUAGUUGACAGCAGAUAGUCAGAAUUCAUAAGGGGUGCGGCUGAGGAAUGGGAAUGCAGACAGGCGAGAAUUGGACUACAGUCUGAAAAGUAUAUCACAGUGAAAGCAGCUGACCACUACCCCUUACUGCGCAUGCACACACACACACACAAGUUCUCCUGCUCUUUGGUGGCCAUUCACCCAGCAAAUCUUCAAAGACAGGCAACAAGGCAGAGGUGGGGGAAGGUUGCAUGCUGUAGGGUCCCCAGGGCUCACGGCCAGUUCCUGCCAUCCUCUCCCAAGCGCUCCAGUUGCCCUGGGCCAGAAAGGCCAUUUGCAGCAAGUGCAGUGGAGGAGCAAGGAUUCACUUAAUUGGACAGGAUCUUGGCUAUGCAUCAAACAUGGCAGAGGGAGAAAAGGGGGAGGCCCAGGGGGAUGUGGUUGCUAGAACAUCUCCUAAUGCUAUCAGGGAGACACAUCAGCCUCUGUCUCACUGCAUCCCGCCCCCCAUCACCCAGUGCACCGUUUUAUAUCUCCGCUCCUUGGUAGGAACUUCACAUUUCCCACCUCAGUUCCUCACAUCCAAGUGUAAGUGCCUUUCUGUCCCCAUGGCAACAACUUCCCCGCAACUUCAUCAACUAGGUUUAUGCCCUCACUUCCGUACACCACGCUGGUAAGGGUCUUCCCUCCUGCUGUUCCACCAGUCAUAUUUCCACAACACUGCCCUUCCCAGGGCUGGUCAAAUACAUUUUUCUACCUGAGGCAAAGGGCAAGAUGGUGUCCCACCCAAAUUGCAUAUUCGGAAGCAAUUCGGAAGUGGGCCGGCAGCUGAAACUUGCUUCAACACUGAUGAGGGCAGCCUAGUGGGUGCAUGACAGGUAAUGUGGCAGACACAUACCUAUUUUAGAGUAGAGGAAAACAACCAAAGGGUUCAGGAAGAACAGAUGGGGGGCUGGUUCCACAGCAUCUGCUGGGGUGAUUUUGAUCUCUGGGCUAGGAAAAGCUUCUUAGGUAUUUUCUGUAUAUAAACAAUAGCCCUACCAUGAGGCAGUGGUGGACCUUAAGAAGGGUAGUGUGUCUUGAUAUAGGGUAUGCUCUUCAGGUGCCAAAUUGUCCAACCAGCCCCAGUUCUGUUUGUCAGGCUGCUUUCAAAGGCACAGGAGGAGAGCCAAUAAAAAAAAAUCUGGCAAUCCCUCGGAUAGGUUUUCUGUGAAGUAGGCAAUCCAUUUGAUUUAUUUUAAAGCAAAGAAGAGAAGUAUGCUUCAGUUUGGAAAAGGGAGUUCAUAAAUCUUUUAUAAAAAAAAAGAUGGGAAGGUUCAGGAAGUGGCUGAGCCAUGUGGAGAGGUCUGCUAAUUUUGUUCAUUGCACUGGCCACUUUUUAUUUUUAUUAUAUUAUUUCAGCAUUUAUACCCCACUGUCUAUUACAGUCAUACCCAAAGUGGCUUACAAAAGAAAAUGUAAUGCUACUUAUUUCAUUUGGGCCUAGUUAGACCACAUUUAGAGUACUUAGUUUAGCUCUGGGCACAAGAGUUUAAUAAAGAAGGAUGUUGACAACAGAUUCUGAGGAGAGCUAGAAAGACGCGAAAGGGUCGAGAAGACAAAUCAUGCCAGGAAAGGCUAAAGGAACUGAGUAUGUUUAGCCUAGAGCUGUGGUUUUCAAACUGUUCCUAGAAAUCUUUUGCGACAUGCGGGGAUUCCAUGGAGAUGUGCAACAUUUACUCAGCCAACAAAUCAGUGUGGAAAAAGUCCCUGAGGGCAGCAAUAUGAAAUUCACUAACCUAGGGGGAAAGAUCGGGGGGAGAAGAGUAUAUGCAACAAUUGCCAAGUAUUAAAAAAUGUCAGAAAGAGCAGGAGCAGUUGUUCAUCCUAUUUGCUAGAAAAGAGGCUAAGAAGCAAUGGGAUUAAAUUUAGGAGCUUAUCAGAUGACUGGGUUUGGGGUGGAUGAACCGUGUUCAAUACACAUGCAGGUGUUGAUUAUUAGUGGCACAGAAUUCUUUCAGAAAUCUUUAAAAAAACCAAAAAACAUUAUUUGUUUCAGCACAUGAUUUUGCCAGCACUCAAACACCAUUAUUGUGAUAUUGGGAACAUGUGAUUUUUCCGUCUACAGUGUGUGAAAUUUGAUUGUGCAGUGUAAUAGGAACCUGAUGGAUAAGUUUGCCUGUGACAUCACUGAAAGACAAAACACCUUCAAUAGUUUCCCAUGACCUUUCUGAAAUUUUGUUUUUAAUGUCAUUUUUUUGAAAUUAAAGGCUGCACCAUGCCAGCAAGGGAGUGUUUCAGUCCUUUAUUUUGUAUGCAGUAAAGCUCCCUCCUGUCUGCAAUAUUGUUCCACAAUUUCAUGGAGCCUUUCUCUCUCAGAAAAACUGUUCUCUGCAGGAGUGACCCUGUCCCCCUUUCUAGAAUAAUUGCCUCACAAGAUAAGAUAUAAUUAUCUAUGUUAACCUACAAUAACGUCACCAAUUCUACUGAUCAAAUAAUAGGCGUCGUUAUCAGAGGGGGAGAACUCCCCUUCUCAAAGUUGUUUGAUCAAAACUGAGAGGCUUGAUAUGGAUCAUUAUCUUAAAUGAGGACAACAAAGAUGCUUUUAUUAAGGGAUAGCAGCUCUUGAUAUUCACAUAUCAAAAGGCCAUCACAAAAUGGAUAUUAUUUCAGACUAUUGCACCUCUAGGAAUGAAAACCUAAAAAACCCCUCCAAACCCAAAUGUUCUUUAUCUGUACAUUUUUACUUGGUAGCCACAACAAGUGUAUGAGCUACUUACUAUGUUUUCUGUUUGAUUAAUGAACUGUGCUAAAAAUAAAUAAUGCCAUUUUGUAGCUGCCUUCUUUCAGAACACUUCUGCACUACGCAUUUAUUUAAUCUAUGAUUUUCUUCACAGAACCUGAGAAAUGUUUUGUAAGAGGUUCCUAGUUCUUCCACAUAACACAACUCCCAAGUUUCCCUUAAGGAGGGAAUCACUAUUCCUAUCACAAGCGACACUCCACAUAUUACAAGAAUCCUCAUAAUCACAUGUUAACAGAGACAACAGUUUCUUCUUUUUACCCAUUUGCUUGAGCAAAUCUUAAUGUGAGUACAAAAGGGUAGCGAAAUAGGUAAUCAAUUUACAUCAACUGAACUUGAAUGUGGCCCAAAUAUAAUAAUAGAAAGUGGAGGAAAGUCCAAAGUUCAUUUUCUCAGAAAGGUUUAGCUGACCCGAAGUUUUCAAAACAGUUUAAAUCUAGCAAGAUUUUUUGAAAAUUUAUUUCUACACUUUGGACAUUGAUCAUCAUUUAUAUAUUUUAAGGCAAUUAUGCAAAGCAUCAACUUGCUCAAUUCAGUAAUGUACAUCUGAUUUGCAGAGUACGCACUUUAAAAACUUACAGCAACAUUCAUUACGAUAAAAAUGGUGUAAAGAAUUGCUGCUAGAAGAAAAUUGAUUUGAUUACAGACAAGCAAAUUUGUGUUUGCCUAAGAAUUUGCUCCACCCACCCACACUCCCAAAAAAUAUUUGUUGUAUCUCAGGAUGGGAAAGGUAGCUAGGUGGUUGUUUUGUUUUUUGUCUGUUUUUUGAGCUGGGAAUUCUGGGGAAGGCGCAAAGGUACUAUUGAGAAGCCAGGAGUCUGAGGUUUCUUCUUACUUGUGCGUCACUUCUCUUUUUUCCAAUCUCACCCCUUUCCCUUAUCCGUUCACAGAUUCCAAGCAGAAUGGUGAUGCAGCAAAUGCAGCAUUGGCUAAUGAGGACUGCCCCACCAUAGACCAGGCCCUGUCACCUGAGGAGAAGUCACCUGUCACACCUGGCGGUCGGGAACGCUACAACCGUGACCGAGCCUGCUUUCUCCUCUCCACAGGUGACUUUGGUCAGUCACCUGAUGGGAACAUCCGAAAAGGUACAUACAUGUGCAUACUUUUUGCCCUGUCUCUUUCGCAAGAGCAUCUAAACAAGUAGUCCAAGUACGACAUCUCCCUUUCCCACAUCACCACCACCUCCAUAACCCUUGUCAUAGCAAAACCUCAAAUUGCCACAUUUCUGAGGUAAUAAAAGGCAACUGCUAAUGUGUACUUUGUUUAAAUAUAACCCUGUCAUGAGGGUUAAAAGGUCAUGACAAAUUAAAAUGAGGCAGAUGAUGCCCUAGCAACUGGAAGGCCUCAACUUGCCCAUCUUUGCUACCAUAGCAACAGCAUCCAUCGUUCCAAGAACAGCGCCCUCUAGUGCUUCUUUUCAAUUGGCAACCAGCCAGCACAAUUGAUCUUAAGCAAUUUGGGUUCAAAUUGGGGAGGGAGAAGUAGGUCCUCCCCUUCCAGCAUUCCCAGUUGCUUCCUGUGAUUUUCAUGACCUCCGAGAUUACCAGCUCAGCCCUGUGUUAUGUUCCCUGCACACACACCCAGCUCCAUUAUCACAUCCACUCAACAAAUAGAUGCUUUUUUGGUCAGCCCUUGCUUUGUGUCAGUCCCCCAUCUCCUUCCAUGUUUUCUCCCUUACUUGUAUCAUUCUGUCCCACAGUGACUGUAGGUGCUCUUCACAUUCCUGAAGCUACUAUUUUGAAGGAAACAACAGCAGCAAAGAGUAGACUACCUUAUUCUCAGUGACUAGUUGUGAUGAAAAUCCUACCAGUAUUCUCCCUCCUACCCACCCUUGCCCUGCUGUUGUUGUCCUUUGAAUAGGGAAAAAAAACAGACUUUAACCCAACUGACCUGGUUUUAAAUCCUUACUUAAACAUGGACCCCAUAAACACCACUCCCCAUCUAUAAAAUGGAAAUAGUAAUAAUAAGCUACCUUUCAGGAGCGCAGUCAAGAAAGAUUAUGUUUGCUGUGAGCCUUAGGUAGGAUGUAAACCUAAGUGAAUAAUGAGUCAAAUAUAAAUAAGCUGGGGGGUGUUUUCCAUUCAUUCAUUUUGGGGCCAUUUCUUGUUUUAAAGCUGCCUGUGCAAACUCUCGAAGUUCAAAAUGUGGUUUGACAAUUCUGGGCAAUAGUAGUUUCAUGAGAAAUUGCCACCAAUGCAAUUAGUGCUUCCACCACCACUCCUCAAUUUCUCUUAAAGUGAUCUCAAAUCUCCAAACUAUUUCAGGACUCAGGUGAAGCUAAAGAGAGGUUUGUUGGGGGACCAGCUUCAGAAUACGAAACUAUGCAUUUAGAGCUCGAUGGAAAAUGUUUAUGUCCCUAUAGAACCCAACCUAGAAUUUCAGUCUCUCUGCUGAAAAAACACAAAUUAUGUACUUUAAAUAGGAUCAUUUAAAAUUUCAAAUAUUGUGAAAGUUGGCUAUAAUUGGAUAAGGAAGCCAAUGCAAGGGGGAGUCUGUACAGGAUACAGGGAUGAGGAACAUGGAUAGGAUGUGGAUAGGAUUUCUUCCCUUGUCUGUUGACCUGCCCCCAUUAGGCUUUGAGAGUUUGUCCUUCUGCACUUUUUUUCCAGAAAGAGGCUUAGGAACUUGUAUUUUUUUACAAAAAGGAGGCUGAAAGGAGGUCAAUUUCAGAUUUCUGAAAAGUGGUCAGUUUAAUAGGUUCUUAUAGUUAUUUAUACAUAUUAGGAUUCCCCCCUUUUUUAAAAAACAACAACCUUUAAAACCACAUUUCAGUCAUCUGCAUAGACAGAAAAGCUAGUUAGAGCAGGGCAGUUAGCUAUUAACAUUGGAAGGCAUCAUUACAAUUUAGAAUUGACAGUUUAAACACUGGACUGCUGUCACUGAUCAAUCUGAUUUCAGUACUGCUGGAAAACCUAAAUUAGGCGAGAGCCAAUCUUAGUUUUGCCCAUCUCACUGUGGAAAGGUAUGGGAGGACAUUGCCCCUCUGGAGAGGAAUCAGCAGCAACGUGUGUUGAGUGUUUUAUAACUGCUGGUCUAGCAUCUGUCAGAAGCUGAUCUUAGCAGCAGGCAGCCUCUCGAACAGGGACAAGGUUGUGCCUGUCACAGCAGGGGAACAGGAGGAGGCAGCAAAUGAAAGCUGACGAGGUAUUUACUUCCACCGAGGGAGAGAACACGACAGAUGUUCGAGGUGUUACACAGCAGGGAGAAUCGGCAAGAAGCAGGCAAGGAGCAACUACAGAGAGCUCAAGGGAGCAGCGACUUGUCGGCUUGCCACUUGUCAUUAGGUCCAAAUCUUGACAAUUAUCUUUCUGGUCCACAGCUUUUGAGACAUAAAAUAGGUUUUGGUAUAGGUAUGAUAUUUUACUGGGAAGACUUCAUUUGGCAUAACAGCAUGCAGACCUUUGAAUUGCACAGAAUUCUUCAUCAAGCAGAAUUAAGGUUAUCACUUGGUUGAAGAAAUUGUAGUCUAUCAACCAAGUGAGUUUUAAUUAGUCAGCUUGGCAUAUGAUGACUAAAACAAUAGCUUUGAAGAAAGGAAGUGUACUUCCUUUAGGUUUUGGUGGUGCAUGUAUAUGUUACAGCAGGCACUGGCGAAUGGCUUUUCUCAGAUGGUGUUGGUUGUGCACCAUUUCAAAUUAUUAUUAUUUUAAGAAAAGAGUUGUCUUACUAACUGGCGGUGUCUUUUUAAUCAACUAAAAAGGUUUUUAAUUACUUAACCAGUUAAUCAAUUUGCGGUUUCAGUCUUGGGCAGUCAGUGUCAGGAAAAGGAAGCAAAGGGACAACAGGUGCACAACAGAGUUCUUCUUGUCUUACAAGUCACAUGGCUCAUAUAAAUUGAUGCAACAGUCAGUUUCCAGCAAAGGGCAGAGUCUCCCAGCUUUCCUGACUAGCAAAACAAGCCUAAGGGCUGAUCCACACUUACUUUUUGCCCUGUGCCUUCUUGGGCAUGGAUCUGCACUUUCCCUGUCUAAGAGCUUUUUAUUUUCCCCCUACCACUUUCCUCAGGAAAACCUGCUCCUUAAUGCUGAAUCAGAACAAACAGCAAUUCAGGUUUUCCACAGGAUUGUUUUCAGUGGUAAAGGGUGGGUUUUCGCAGGGAAAGUGCUGGGACCAAAAAAAAAAGCACUCAGACAUGGAGAUUUAAAGCACAGACCUGUGCCUAGAAACGUGACACAAAAGGAAGUCUGGAUGAACUCUGAAUUCCACCUGGUCCCCCAACGCUUAUUGGUGAAAAUACCAGGACUGUCACCAAGAUUAAAGGAAACUCUGAUGAUGAGCUAUAUGAGUUUUAGCCAAUUAAUAAAUUUAGAUUUGCACAAAUUUGAAUAUAGGUAAAGCAGUACCUUCUGAAGGGGAUUUUUUUAUAUACAUCAGAUACGUUUGUAUCACAGCAGGUAUUUUAGAAGAGAGAUUUUCACAUGCAUACUAUGUGAAUAUGUGCAAUAAAAGUGGAAAUGCCUCUUUCAAGUGUGUUUGCAAUAUGCAGUUGUUAAGGAUACCUGCAUUAAAACUAAUACCUUUUUUGGGGGAUGGGAUCUGCUAUCUGAUUAAUCAAAGCACCUUUUUAAACCAAGCAGAGAUUUUUAUUAAAUGAUUAAUGUAAUUGUUUAUUGAUUAAACAUUGUAGUGCUUAGGAAGAAAUUCAUUGCUAAUGUGACUGAUCUGCCUACAGUUCCCUCCAUUUAUCUGAAAUGGGUAGCAGGGCGUAUUUUGAAUCCAUCCCUGAUAUCCUUGCAAUUCAAUGCAUAUCUACCUAGAAGCAAGUCUCACUUAGUUCAAUGAAUGCUGGUUAGUGUUGUCCGUUUUUCAGCCAAACCUGCAUAGGUGCCCCUUUAACUGCUGUUUGUUCUGCAACCAUUAGCAAUUGAUCAUGCAUCGAUGUUUGCCAAAAAAGCUUCACCUGCUGUUUUCUGUUUAUAAAAUUUCUGUUAAUGGGCCAGAGGGUCCUUCUACACCCACCUCACCUCCGCUGAUACUCAAUUCUAGCUACUAAUGUAAGAUUACUGAGGAAUAGGGUCAUGAGAGACUGAGAAAGCUAUUCCUGAAGUUCAGGAGUAGCCUACUCAAAAAUACUUUCAAGGAGUCUUGUGACAUCUUAAAGACUAACAAAUGUCACUGAGCUCGAGUCCAUGAAAGCUUAUGCCAUAAUAAAUUUGUUGGAAUUUAAGGGACUACAAGACUCUUAAAUUGUUUUUGCUGCAAGAGAUAAUAUAGCUACCCCUCUGGAAUUUAUAACAAAAUACUUCGGGACUUCAAACAGAAUCCAUCAGUAAAGGUUAUGUUUACUGUACUCACAAUUACAAUGCAAGAACCCAAGUGCGCUGUUCAGCUAAAUGUAUUUUGUGUUUAACAAGGUAGCAAAUUGUAAUUCCCAACCUCUAUUUAGUCUUUUGUCCUCUCAUAGUCAGUGUUAGGCUUCAAUCAGCUAAACAAACAAACGUACCCCAAAACUUUGUUCUUUUUUUUCUUCAGGUCUUAAUUAGAGCCUCAGGCUUUACUCAGUUAAUCAACUAAAUGUUUGGUUGAUUAAUGUGGGGACUAGUAUUAAUUGGUGGAGCUGACAGUAAAGUGCACAAUCAUAUUUUGAUCCCAAUUGGCUACUGUAAUAGUGAGUAAAAAAGAAAACACUCCUUUUGUUCUACCAAAAUGUGUAACAGAGGGAGUUUUAGCAGAAUUAGCUGUUUGUAUUCUUGCAAGGGAAACUGUCCCUGGUGAAAUUUUUUUAAUAUCUGCCAUCUGAUUAAAAUAAAUCUUUGUUAUUAUUCAUAGGAGUUUUAGUUCAUUAAUCCAUCAAUCAAAUAUUUACAUGUAGGAAAACCAACAGAGCCAAACUUGUCACAGAAGGUAUCACCUUGGAAAAGGCAUUUUCCCUUUCUCAUAAAGGAGGGAAUGCAAAUGCUAAAAUGGUGCUUACUUUUGGCAGUCUCUCUCUAGAUUUACAUUAAAGCUAAUUUCUAAAAAAUUAAAAUAUGAUGCUGAAUAGAACAGUGCUUUUGAUCAACAAAUAUUUGCACCUGAUUACCACAGGUGGAGUUCAGGGUGUCAUAGUGGACAAUUUUUGCUUUAAUUGGGUAAAGGUCUACCUAGCCUUGUGUGUGCACUAAAGAAAAUAUCUGCCUCUGUUCACUGUAUUUAACGCCAUUUUCCUUUCUUGGUCCUCCAAGCAAACAUGGAGAAGCAGACAGAGUUGUCCCCUCCCCACACUUGGCACACUUAAGCCAGUCUCAGUGGUCCCAGAUAUGCCAGAGUGCAUUCUGGGAUAUCACCUAGGAGCACAUGUGUGGGCGGAAAUGUCCUUGGCAAAGAGCCACAGCAAUCUUACCACCAGAUUAAAAAGAUGUCUGGACAAGCAUGAAUAAAGCGAUGGUGUUAUUGAAAUACCACUUGGUAAUUUAUCACAUCACAGCCUCAGGAUAAACACGAUGCAUGAAAAGCAGACUUAAGGCCGCAAUCCAUUAACCAGGCACUGUGGAGAGAGAUCACCUGUUCACUUAUAUGAGGCUCCUUUUUGGAGUUAAAUGGGUUUUGGAUUGCUGGAUAAGAGAGAGAGAAGCAAAGGGCCAGAGGGGAGAAAGCCUAUUGUUCAUAAGCAAUUGCUAAUUAAUCCCAGUGUAUGUAAAUUAAAAAAGGAAGGGAAACCAUUGCUCUGAUGUUCUUGCUUACUAGCUGAAGUAUAAAGAGUGCUAUGGCACCCCAGAGCCUAACAGUACAAUCCUAACCACAUCCACUCAGAAUUAAGUCCUGUUGAGGACUUGGGCUUACUUCCAAGAAAGUGGAGUUAGAAUUGGAGCACAACUAGUUUACUGUGGCGAUUGCCUUUUUCAUCAGCAGGCUAGUAGUUUUCCGAUGUCUUGCCCUGAAAAUAGCCCUUUCCAUGUCACCUGUUUCCCCCUAGAAGUUCCUGUGCAUUGGCCACAGAACCUCUCUGUGUCGCAGAUGGUUCUGGGGGAUAUCCAAGAACUCCGUAUGCUCCAACUGCUUCUGUUUAUGAUGGACAGCCCCUAUUUUGAGUUAACUGACCUUGGUAAAUCGGUGUCCCUAUUUUUGCCUUGUGUGCAGUGCACAACCUACCAUAUCACUCACUGCAGGUGCUGAGGUAUACUUUGGGUUGUGAUCCAUUACUAGACAGUUUUGUGGUUUCAAAUAUAUCUUUAAUCAAAAUAACAACCACCUUGUGAAGGUCAAGCUAUUGCAGACUAAAGAAAUAAAGCAUGCAACAGACAGAGUCUUCAUUAACAUGCAGUGGAGGGCUCUUUUGAAUGAGGAGUAUGACAAGCAUGUUCCUGUUUUCAUCUGUGAAAUGCUUGGCACCCAAUCAGUUCAAACUGGACAUCAGCUGGGGCUGUUAAGCCAAUCUGUUGCCCCCAUGCAAAUAGUACCCUUCUAGAGUGCUUACAGCAUCUUUCGUAUGUUUGCAGUUAAGAGAUUAGACCAGCUGUUCAUCUGGGAUUUUAAUCUACAAACACAUUUUUAUAAAUACUCAAUGUACUGUUCAUUUGCAUACACUUAUUAAGCCCUAAGUAUGUGAAUAUUAACUGACGUAUGCUUUUAAAUCAAAUAUAACACUCAAGGCAAGACCACUGCUGAUUUACUUAUAGACAUUAAUAAAUCUCAAUGCGCACAAACUGUAACAAAAUGUUGGAGGUGAGGUUUGAGUCAAGGCACACAGCUACAGAAUCUGAUUUCAGUAGCAGGGCUCGUUCCCAGAAUACAUUACAGUAAAAUAAAUAGAAUGUCUGAGCAUGUGCAGAGCAUCAGUUCCACUGAAUAGCUGCACAGUGUUAUGCCAGAUUUAAUAUUGGGGAGCAGAAUUUUUAGGGCAGAUAGUAGGGGGUGAUUUGUGUCCUCGUACCUCUUAGAGAUUAAGUGCUCUUUACAUCCUAAUCCAAAUGUAUGCAAAUUAACAUGGGAAAUAGGCCACUGCUUUGUGCAUCAUUGUUAAUCCAGAUGUCUGCAAAUGGAAAUUUUCUUAUUGCAUAGCACCAAGGCUAAGCGCGCACGCACGCGCACGCACGCACGCGCACGCACGCACGCGCACGCACGCACGCGCACACACACAAUAAAAUAAAAUUAAAACUUGAUAUGAAGAGGGAGAGAGAUCAAGCCGAGGACUGCUGGGUUAAACAUUAUGCUAAUGUAAACGAGGGAGUGGGUCUUCUGUUCAGCAUAGUAAUCAUGUUUCCAAUAGGGUGGUGUAGUCCAUCCUGUGCCUUGCACUAGUCGCCUAUCAUAUUCCCUGUAGCUCAGAAUAUAAUGGAUGUUCCUUCAUGGGAGGGUAGGGGGAGAGAGAGAGCUGUGUUCCCAGCUGGUGGAAAAUUUAGGACAUUGGUAGCCUGACCAGCAUGAGGAGACUGCUGAAUACCAUCUGCACCACAGAAAAAUUCUUAGGCAAGACAGGAUGGGGCUGAUGGGAGUGAGUCACAGAAUCAUAGGGUUUUAUUUUGUUUUAAGCUCGUGUGCUGCUGUUUCCUCAGUGCUGCACACCAUUAUUUUCUGGGUCAGUGCAGCAGAGGAGCAUAUGCCCGCGCUGCCCAGGGCGGGUGAGCUCCCGAGGGGUGUGUGGCAUGGAGGGUGCCCUCCCAGGUGCGGGAUAGCCACUCGGGUGCCCGGAGCAAGCCGUCCAUGGCGGACAUUCAGCACGCUGCCCGCCCACGACUCCCAAGCCUCCCCCAAGCUGUCAAAACGAAGGGGAAAGGGGGGAAUGGCACCGGCAAAGCGGCGCAGCUCCCCCCCCUUACCCCGACGGCUUGGGGUAGGCUUGGGAGUCGUGGGCGGCACGCCGAAUGUUACCCCCCUCAGUGAGGGCACCCGGGGCGGUCUGCCCCCACUGCCCCCCCUUCCUACACCCCAUGGUCUUGAUGUGUCAACAAGGGAGGCCUGUUUGAUUCCUGACCAAUGCUUUGGCCAUUUUCGGGAAGGUGCUACAGCUAAGCGGUAGAGCUCACAGUUUGCACACAUAGCCCCAGGUUCAGUUGCUAGGAUCUCCUGUUAAAGGCACAGCUUUUCUCUUCUUAUUUAACCAUUAUUUCUAGAUUGCCUCCAAACAAAAACAUCUACAAGAUGCUGUAUGUUACUGGCUUUCAUUAUAUUCCACCUUUCCUCUAAGGUGGUCAAGGCAGCAGUCAAGCCACCCUCAUUUUCUUCAUCACCACCAUCAUCAUCAUCACAAAGUAGGGCUGUGCUGACUAAUAGUCACUGGCCCAAGGUGAACUCAUUCUUGAACUGGGAUUUGAGGCUUCCCCCACGCCAAGUCCCAACAAUAGUACCUUACUGAGGACAUUGCUAAAUAAUUUUGCAGCUCGUUCAGAUAGAUUGGGAAUCAAGCAAGCCAGCAAGCAGCAGUGAAAAUGAUGUGACAGAGAUAAGCACCGCUGGAGUCUACUGUCCCAAAUCAGGAUAAGCGUAGCAGGAGAUCACCUGCCUGUUUUAACAAAAAAUUAAUUACAAGCCAAGUAAUAAUAAAUAAAAUAUGCAAGCAGGCUUGUUAGUUAAUAAUAAUAAUAAUAAUAAUAAUGCCACAUUUAUUAAACAACAGCACUAUCCAGUCAUAAUUAAGUAAUAAUACAGCAAUGAAAAUUAUAGCUGUAGUUUAAAAACAGCUUAGAAUGAUUGAGGCAGAAGCCUGCUCUGUCAUUAAACAUGACAUACUAAUGGCCCUCCACUUCCUCUCUGAAGGCUGCACAGAGAAUCAUUCCCCACCACUUUUAUCCUCAUAAACAACACAGUGAGUUAGGUUAGGCACAGAGAUAGUGCCGCCUAGUGAAUUCCGUGGUUAAGUGGGGAUUUGAACCCAGGUCUCUCUCAUCUACGGCAAGCGUCCUAACCAUGACAUCAUGCAGAUUUACCUCUUAGUGGUAGUGCGUUAGAAGCUAAAAGCUAAAAAAGCAGGACUCCUGAGGGAGGGAAACCCAAUGUAUCAGGACAGGUGAGUCUGGGCACCAGGAGUCCUGAGCUCAGGUUGGGAGAUGGGCAAGAGAGGGGUGAGGGGUGGGAGAGGGGUGUUUCACAGCUGUGCCUUCCUCUACUUCAUCACAUGCCCAUCUUCAGUGCCUCCUCCUCACACAUCCUCUGUCUGUUUCUCCUACCCCCUUUUCAUUUCCAUCCAUUGCUCCUACCCCCUAUCCUUCCCCCUCUACCCCACUGCCCACCAAACCCGGGCCCCAUAGGCGCCCGCCGCCUGCCGCAGCCAGCAUCAGACUCCUCUGCCACCUCCUGGUACCUGCAUGACUACAAUGCCAACGCGGCCCCCUGGAAGCAUGAGUAG